CAAACUCCAAGCAUCAACUUCAAAGCCAACAAAUCUACUAAGCAAUCAAAAGAUCAGAGAACCAGCCAAUUUAUAUACAAAACCAAAGCAAACAAAGAGAAUUUAAUUUUUAGAAGAAAUUAAAUCAGAAUGAGUUCAAGCAGGAGAGCGUGGAUAGUAGCAGCCAGUGUUGGAGCAGUUGAAGCAUUAAAAGAUCAAGUUGGAUUGUGUAGAUGGAAUUACCCAUUGAGGUCUUUGGCACAACACACAAAGAAUAACAUCAGAUCUUACUCUCAAGCUAAGAAACUUUCUUCUUCACUGAUUGCAAAUAGUGACAAGGCAAAUCAAUCUGAAGAAUCUUUGAGGAAAGUUAUGUACUUGAGCUGUUGGGGUCCCAAUUAAUUAUCAUUUUUCCUAAUACCUUCAAGUCAUUUUUUCAGACCUGAAGAGUUUCAAACGAAAAGAAAGAAAAAAAGUAUGGCUAUGAUUGUAAAUAUUAAGUAGAAUUUAUGUCAUGCACUCAUGCCCCCUCUAGAGAAGCAUGUACUGUUUCGAAUCAUCCUAAGGAUGACAAUGAAAUUAUGAAAUACUGUAGAUAUUUUGAUUAUGAUAUGAAAAUUCGACUAAUAUUUUGCAUCA